GCAGAGCCGCCAGCCAUGCCCGGGAUCGUGGUGUUCCGGAGGCGCUGGUCUGUGGGCAGCGAUGACCUCGUCCUGCCGGCCAUUUUCCUCUUCCUCCUGCACACCACCUGGUUUGUGAUUCUGUCUGUGGUGCUCUUUGGUCUGGUCUACAACCCGCACGAGGCCUGCUCCCUGAACCUGGUGGACCACGGCCGCGGCUACCUGGGCAUCCUUCUGAGCUGCAUGAUCGCUGAGCUGGCCAUCAUCUGGCUGAGCAUGCGUGGGGGCAUCCUCUACACAGAGCCCCGCGACUCCAUGCAGUAUGUGCUCUACGUGCGCCUGGCCAUCCUGGUGAUCGAAUUCAUCUAUGCCAUCGUGGGCAUUGUCUGGCUCACCCAGUACUACACCUCCUGCAAUGACCUCACCGCCAAGAACGUCACCCUCGGAAUGGUCGUCUGUAACUGGGUGGUCAUCCUUAGCGUCUGUAUUACCGUCCUCUGCGUCUUUGAUCCCACGGGCCGCACCUUCGUCAAGCUGAGAGCCACCAAGAGGAGACAGCGUAACCUGAGGACCUACAACCUACGGCACCGCUUAGAGGAAGGCCAGGCCACGAGCUGGUCCCGCCGACUCAAAGUCUUCCUGUGCUGCACGCGCACCAAGGACUCCCAGUCAGACGCCUACUCGGAAAUCGCCUACCUCUUCGCCGAGUUCUUCCGUGACCUGGACAUUGUGCCAUCUGACAUCAUUGCUGGCCUGGUGCUGCUCAGACAGAGGCAGCGGGCCAAACGCAACGCGGUUCUGGACGAGGCGAACAAUGACAUCUUGGCCUUCCUGUCUGGAAUACCUGUGACCAGAAAUACCAAGUACCUCGACCUCAAAAACUCGCAAGAGAUGUUCCGCUACAAGGAAGUCUGCUAUUACAUGCUCUUCGCCCUGGCUGCCUAUGGCUGGCCUAUGUACCUGAUGCGGAAGCCAGCCUGCGGCCUCUGCCAGCUGGCCCGAUCCUGCGCGUGUUGCCUGUGUCCCGCGAGGCCCCGGUUCGCCCCCGGAGUCACUAUCGAGGAGGACAACUGCUGUGGCUGCAAUGCCAUCGCUAUCCGGCGCCACUUCCUGGACGAGAACAUGACCGCUGUGGACAUCGUCUACACCUCCUGCCACGACGCGGUCUACGAAACCCCCUUCUACGUGGCAGUGGACCAUGAGAAGAAGAAGGUGGUCAUCAGCAUCCGGGGAACCCUGUCUCCUAAGGAUGCCCUGACUGAUCUCACUGGUGAUGCUGAGCGCCUCCCCGUGGAGGGGCACCACGGGACCUGGCUGGGGCACAAGGGCAUGGUCCUCUCGGCGGAGUACAUCAAGAAGAAACUGGAGCAGGAAAUGGUCCUAUCGCAGGCCUUCGGGCGGGACCUGGGCCGCGGGACCAAGCACUACGGCCUGAUUGUGGUGGGCCACUCCUUGGGCGCUGGGACAGCCGCCAUCCUUUCCUUCCUCCUACGCCCGCAAUAUCCAACCCUUAAGUGCUAUGCCUACUCACCCCCAGGGGGCCUGCUGAGUGAGGACGCAAUGGAGUACUCCAAGGAGUUUGUGACUGCCGUAGUCCUGGGCAAGGACCUUGUCCCCAGGAUUGGCCUUUCCCAGCUGGAGGGGUUCCGCAGACAGCUCCUGGACGUCCUACAGCGCAGCACCAAGCCCAAAUGGCGAAUCAUCGUGGGGGCCACCAAGUGCAUCCCCAAGUCGGAGCUACCCGAGGAAGUAGAAGUGACCACCCUGGCCAGCACACGGCUCUGGACGCACCCCAGCGACCUCACCAUCGCCCUGUCAGCCAGCACCCCUCUCUAUCCCCCCGGCCGCAUCAUCCACGUGGUCCACAAUCACCCCGCUGAGCAGUGCUGCUGCUGUGAGCAAGAGGAGCCCACCUACUUUGCCAUCUGGGGCGACAACAAGGCCUUCAAUGAGGUGACCAUUUCACCGGCCAUGCUGCAUGAGCACCUCCCCUAUGUGGUCAUGGAAGGUCUCAACAAGGUGCUGGAGAACUACAACAAGGGGAAGACGGCCCUGCUGUCUGCUGCCAAGGUCAUGGUGAGCCCCACGGAAGUGGACUUGACUCCCGAGCUCAUCUUCCAGCAACAGCCGCUGCCCACGGGGCCGCCACUGCCCGCCGGCCUGGCCCUGGAGCUCCCGCCCGCAGACCGCCGCAACAGCAGCGUCAGGAGCAAAUCACAGUCUGAGAUGAGUCUGGAGGGCUUCUCUGAGGGUCGGCUACUGUCCCCCGUGGCCGCAGCCCGCCAGGACCCAGUGGAGUUGCUGCUCCUGUCCACCCAGGAGCGGUUGGCGGCAGAGCUGCAGGCCCGACGGGCACCGCUGGCCACCAUGGAGAGCCUGUCUGACACCGAGUCCUUGUACAGCUUCGACUCACGCCGCUCGUCCGGCUUCCGUAGCAUCCGUGGCUCGCCCAGCCUGCACGCCGUCCUGGAGCGGGAUGAAGGCCACCUCUUCUACAUCGACCCCGCCAUCCCCGAGGAGAACCCGUCCCUGAGCUCACGCACCGAGCUGCUGGCCGCCGACAGCCUGUCCAAGCACUCGCAGGACACCCAGCCCCUGGAGGCAGCCCUGGGCAGUGGGGGCGCCUCACCUGAGCGGCCCCCCAGUGCUGCAGCAGCCGCCCCCAGCCAGCAAGAGGAGGGGGGUGGCAGGGUCACCCCCCAAGGGGAGCUGGCCCUGCAUAAUGGGCGCCUGGGAGACUCACCCAGCCCACAAGUGCUGGAGUUUGCGGAGUUCAUCGACAGCCUCUUCAACCUGGACAGCAAGAGCAGUUCCUUCCAGGACCUGUACUGCGUGGUGGUGCCCGAGAGCCCCACCAGCGACUAUGCCGAGGGUCCCAAGUCCCCCAGCCAGCAGGAGAUCCUGCUCCGAGCCCAGUUCGAGCCCAAUCUGGUGCCCAAGCCCCCUCGGCUCUUCGCCGGCUCAGCCGACCCUUCCUCAGGCAUCUCGCUGUCUCCCUCCUUCCCCCUCAGCUCCUCCGGUGAACUCAUGGACUUGACACCCACGGGCCUCAGCAGCCAGGAGUGCCUGGCGGUCGACACGAUCCGGACUUCCACUCCCACUGGGCCUGGGGCCAGUCCCGCCAAGCAGGAGGACCUGGUCAUCUCAGCCCGCUAG